AUGGAAGACGAGGCGAAGAAGAAACUGGACGAAGGGAAGAAGAAGCUGGAAGCCUUCCGGAAGAAGAAGGAGGCAGCAGAGCUUGCUAAGAAAGCUGCAGCCAAAGCCCAGGGAGAUACCGGCGAUGCUGCUACAGACAAGGGUGGCAGCGAUGAUGCUAAGGCUCGCACAGAAGAAGUCGCCUCCCUCGAAGCCUCGCUCAAUGCAGCCAUGGAAGCGCAGGCUGCGGCCAUGCAGAAACUGGGCGAUGAGACAGAAAAAGCGCAGGCCGCCAAGAAGAAGGAGCAGGAGGCGAUGCAGCAGGUCGAGCGGAUGCAGCAACAGAUCCUGUCGCUCAUGAGCGCCAUGGAGGAGCAGGGAGGUGGACACAACGCAGAGAACGAGGAGGAGAGGCGAAGGGUGGAAGAGGAGAACGCGAGCUUGAAAGAGUCGCUGGUCCUGGCUGAGGGGCAACUGCAGAGCAUGAAAGGGCUGCUGAUGGAAGCAGACAAGGGAAGGAAGGAGAUGGAGAGCAGGCUGGCAGAGUUGUCUGCUGCUGCUGCAGUAGGAGGAGGAGGGAGCGAGGUCGAAGCGCUGAAAGAGUCCUUGUUCCUGGCAGAGGAGCAGCUGAAGGCGAUGAAGGCGCUGAUGAUGGAGAGCGACGCCGGGAAGAGAGAGUUGGAGGAAAAGCUCAAGGAAGCGAUGGAGCUCAACCAGCAGCUGCAGCAGUCUCAGUCUGCCUCGUCCGAUCGGCAGCUGGAGGAGAGCAGGAAGAUGAGCCAAGAGUUGAGCCAGAUGAAGGGAGAAGUGGAGCUGCUGAGCAGCAAGUGCGAGGCCAUAAAGGAGGAGAAGAAAUCGCUGCAAGAAAUGCUCCUCAAGUCGCAGGCAGAGGCUGCAAGGAUGGAGCAAGCCGUGUCUGCCAUGUCGGCGAAUUCUUCGCAGCAGCAGGAUGUGGAGAAGGAGAUCGGGAUGCUCGAGUCGAAGCUCAAGGAGACGGAGGUGAAGCUGGAGCAGGCGACAUCGCGGCUGAGCGAGAGGGACGAAGAGUUUAAGGAUGCGGAGCAAGACCUGGAGAGCUUGCGGGAGCAGCUGUCGGCAGCCAACCAGGAACGACGUGAGCUGCAGACGAAGUUGAUCGAGCGAGAGGCGAAGUUGCAGGUGUUAGAGAGGAGCCGGGUUGAAGACGCCGAGCAUGCCGACGAAGCAAGCAGAGCAGCUAUGAAGCACAUGGAAGAAGAGCUGGUGAAGACAAGGACCUUGCUCGGGGAGGAGGAGAGGGCGAGGGGGGAAGCGAACGAGUUGAUCGAAGGCUACAAGUCUGCGAUGAAGGAGAAGGAGGAGGAGCUGGAGGAGCUGAAGAGUUUGUGCUCGUCUCUGAG